AUGGUUUUGAUUCUGUUUUUCAAAUUCACAAAAUGUUGUAUGCCUACAGAAUAUGUAGAAGAUCCCGAUGUUCCCGAUGAUGGUCAGUUGUUUCAUUUUUUUUUUCGAAAAAAAAAAACAAUACACAAUUUCUAGAUGAAAAAGAUGAUGGAGAAGAAGAAUUAGUAACCAAUUCGGGAUUCGAAUCCACUACAACUCCUGUUUCAACAACUCAAAGUAGCAGUACAUCCUCUUCCACCACUACGGAAGCUAGUUUAACGUUACAACGAGUAUGUCCUGAUUCAUCUUGGACAUUAUUUGAUCGUGGAACUUAUGGCUGGUGUGUUCUUGUACUUGCCACUAAACUCACAAUGGACGACUAUCCAGCAGAAUGUCAAAAAUACAGUCCAAAUGCAGUUGUAAGUGGAUUGCAAAAUCAAAAUGAACUCACAACAAUUUCCGAACUGGCCAAAAAUAUUGAUCCGUCAAUUGUUGAAAUAUCGAUUGGAUUAAUAGUCGAUGUUUUUUGCACUGAUAAUGGUGCAGGAGGGCAAACAUCCGGUUGCAAAGUUGAUAGAUUAUCUUGGACGGAUGGUUAUACAACCGGAACUGAUGGUAUGAUAUGGGGUGCUGGGCAACCGUACGUAGAGGUUCCAGUUUUUGGAGCAGUUCUUCUUGUGCAGGAAAAUGAUCUGAAAACAUUCAGUUCAAAUGGAACUCCUGAUGGAACUGUUUGUGGUGUUGAAGCAAAGGAAGAAUAUGUUUGA